UUGCAAAUGCUCAAACCAGAGAAACUAGCGUUCUCCAUUUGCCGCCAAUUUCCAUUACUCAAACCAAGACAACUCGAGGAAGCACGACGCGAUCUUGUGAGGGACUUUCUUUGCCGGCUGAAAAAAUGCGUCUCCGUGAACCAAUUGCGAGAGAUUCAAGCACAGAUGUUAUUGAACUCCGUCGAAAAACCAAAUUUUCUGAUUCCCAGGGCCGUCGAGCUUGGAGACUUCAGUUAUGCCUCUUUUCUCUUCUCCGCGACGGAAGAACCAAACCACCACUCCUUCAAUUUCAUGAUCCGAGGGUUAACCAACACGUGGCAUGACCACGGAGCGGCUCUGUCGCUGUAUCGCCGGAUGAAGUUUUCUGGGUUAAAGCCCGACAAUUUCACAUAUAAUUUUGUUUUCGUCGCGUGCGGGAAUCUCCCGGAGCUUGGGGUUGGUAGAUCUGUUCAUUCGUCGUUGUUCAAAGUCGGAUUGGAAAGAGACGAUCACGUGAUUCAUUCCUUGAUGAUCAUGUAUGCGAAAUGUGGUCAUGUCUCUUAUGCCCGGAAGGUGUUCGAUGAAAUUACUGAGAAAAAAGGUAUUGUGUCCUGGAACACGAUGAUCUCUGCGUAUUCUCUGGCGGGUCACGCGAACGAGGCGGUGGAUUUGUUUAGGAAAAUGGAGGAGGAGGAGGAGGAAAGAGUUGAACCAAAUGAGAGGACUUUGGUCAGUGUUUUGGGUGCUUGUGCCCAUUUGGGGGAUUUAAAAACUGGUAGGUUUCUGGAGGAGAUAGCCAUCACCAAGAAGAUCGGGUUAAGCACGUUCCUAGGGCCUACGUUGAUCAGUAUGUAUGGAAAAUGCGGUGAAUUGGAUUCGGCCACAAGGGUUUUCAAUCAAAUGAUUAAGAAGGAUUGUGUUCCUUGGAAUGCUAUGAUCACUGUAUACUCGCAAAAUGGGAAGUCAAGUGAAGCUAUUAAACUGUUUCUUGAGAUGAAAAAAAGCAGAGUUUCCCCGGACGCGAUUACAAUAUCUACGGUACUGUCUGCUUGUGGUUCGGUUGGAGCUCUUGAGUUAGGCAAAAAGAUUGAGACAUACGCUUCGGAAACAGGCUUGCAACAUAACAUCUACGUGGCCACAGCACUAGUCGACAUGUACGGAAAAUGCGGAAGCAUAGAGGAAGCUCUGAGAGUAUUUGAAGCCAUGCCGUUAAAAAACGAAGCAACUUGGAACGCUAUGAUAACCGCUUAUGCUCACCAUGGACAAGCUCAAGAAGCUCUCCUGCUGUUUGAUCAGAUGCCAGUUCCUCCAAGUGAUGUGACAUUCGUCGGAGUACUCUCAGCUUGUGUGCACGCGGGUUUGGUCGAUCAGGGCCGUCGAUAUUUUCAUCAGAUGACUUCUUCAUUCGGUUUGGUCCCGAAAAUCGAGCAUUUCACAAGCAUGAUCGAUCUCCUGUCUCGUGCGGGGCUGUUAAGCGAGGCUUGGGAGUUCAUGGAGAGAUUUCCUGGGAAGCCAGACGAGACCAUGUUAGGAGCGAUUCUUGGUGCGUGUCAGAAGAGAAAAAAUGUGGCGAUUGGAGAGAAAGCGAUGAGGAUGUUGAUGGAGAUGGAGGAAGCGAAGAACGCAGGAAACUAUGUUAUCUCUUCCAAGGUUUAUGCUGAUAUGAAGAUGUGGGAUGAGUGUGCGAAGAUGAGGGCGUUGAUGAGAGACAGAGGCGUCGUUAAGACACCUGGAUGUAGCUGGAUUGAGAUCAACGGUGAGACAAUGGAGUUCAUUGCCGGAAGCGAUUAUUUACAGUGUGGCAGGGGAGAUUCCGGUUCGUUGUUCGGUUUGUUGGUAGAGGAGAUGAAGAGGGAAAGGGAUGAUUUUUCAGUGGAAGUUUGAUUUUUUUUGCUAUUCCCUUACGCUGCGACUUUGUGAAGAUGUAAUUCUUGUGAAAUUUGGUGUAAAAGAUCUGAGUUAACUCGUCUUCUCUGACUUUCAAAGUGGUGCAAAUAGUUCUAGGUCCGUGAAGGAGAGGCAUGAACCGAUAUGCUUCAUUUGAUGCUUAUAAUGUGGGGACGAAUGGGUGGUUGUCUGGUUAAUGUCAUAAAUACUAACUU